AGUUUUUUGUGGUCUAAAUUGUGCAAAGACCCCUAUUGGCCCUGCCAGCCACCAGGCUGGUGCUCUGUCCCAGGCAGCAAUGCCCAGGUCAAAGCCUCUUGUCCACUGGCCAUGUAUUCCUUUUGACUGGCUAGCAGUGCUGCUCUGGGAAGCCACUGGAUCCCCGCUGGAUGAGUGUGGCAACUUUGCACACAGCUCUUGCUGUCUUCCUUGCACUGGUGCUGUGCUACCAGCCCUGCCAGGCUCCCAAGGGCUCUGCCUCAUGACAGAUAACCUCCCUGCUCCACACUCAUCCCUCUUCCUCUCUGGCUGGCACAAUACAGCUCCAACAGCAACAGAUCCUUUUGCAUGCUGCAGCCUGGCAUGUGGUACUGCUGCUGCAUUGCCCAGCCAGGGACCCAUCCUCACUCGCCAUCCUGCUCUGUUGCCUCCAGACUGAGACCAAGGUCUAUUAAUCCUGGUUUCCCCCUGGAUGGAAUGGAACCAGCAGGCAUCAAAGCUGCAGUGCCCGUGGAUUAUGACCACAGGGGGGUUGUGUUGCAUCUGCAAAUCUCUGUUGUGCAUCAACGGCACAUCUGAACAGAGCCACUGUGGACACUGAAGAGCUGGAGAGGACGCUGGAGAGGUUCGGAGGCACACCGUGAUGGUGGGAGCCAUUCCACGGCAGCCACGCCGCUUCUGGGGGGUGCCUGACUGGCAGGUGUCUUCAGCUAAUUGUGCCAACGACCGCCUGCUGCGCAGCAGGGAGGUUAAUCCAGGGCAGAGCAGGGUCCUGCUGCAGAGGGAUGCUGUGCUGCAGAGAACGUCAUAGUAGAGUGCUCACACAGAUAUCCUGAGUGAGAGAGGGACUGGCUCCCACCCCCUGCCCUUGCACCCUGUGGCACUUUACAGUCCCCCUGCCUCUGCUGCAUGGGCUCUGCUCAGAGUCCCAGCAAGUGAGGCUCCAUGCGGCACAUCCACACAGAGACGUCUCUGCCCCCGGAGCGCAGCACAGACCCCAGCCUGUCCCAGCCCGGCGGGGAGACACCCUUGGAGCCUUCCUCACAGUGCUGCACCCACCGCAGCAUCCUCAUGGGCUACAAUGAGACAGAGAUCAAGCGCCAGAAGGUUUACCAGGUGUCCAUCUUCUCCCAUCUCUCCAGCUCCUCCGAGAGCACGGAGCAGCGGGCAGGCGCCCGGCCACCUGUCAAGAGGGGAUACCCUGAGCAGCGAACUCCAGAGGGGGGACGAGAUCCCAAACGAACUCACUGGGGUGACAGGGGGGUGGAUGGGGGCCCUGGGCAGCCUUCUCUGGAUGAUGAUGAUACCUUUGAGGAUGGUCUGCUGGUGGAGGAGCUCUCCCUUUGCGGCUCUGCCCAGCACUUCUCCCACAGUGGGCUGCGGGUGGUGGAGCACCGCUGUGAGGCCAGCCCUAGCCACAGCCCCAAAGCCAGCAGAGAGGACAAGUUGCAGGAUGUCUCCUCCUCCUCUUCCUUCUCCUCCUCCUCCUCCUCCUGGCCCCAGCACAUUGCUUGCAGUACUUUGCACAUGAGAGACAGUUGCCCUGUCUCAUCAGGGGAUCAGCCCAUAGACUAUGGAGAGAAUGGGGAGCCGGCAAGUGGCCACAAUGUACUUCACCUUGAAUUGCACAGUAUUGCACAAACAACCCAGUUGGACCCUGGUGGGAAGAGAGAGAAGCCAGGGAGCAGCCCAGCUCACACCAGCAGGGCUAGUGGAGAAGCGGAAGGGCCAGCAGUGGCCAAUGGGUGCAGGGAGUCCCUGGUUCCGCAGACAGCGCUCAGCCCCGAGCCCAGCAAUCUGAGCUCCCAGGAGAUGACACCCUGUGGGAGCAGCCAGCUCAGCAGCACCUGCCCAGCCAAAAGGAAGUUGCUGCCUGCUGGAGAGGUUACGGCCGACUCCUGCUCUGAGGAUGAGAGCCUGUCCCCACCAGCAAGGAAGAAGAGGGUCCUGCCAUGCCAUCCUGUGCCCACAGCCUGCCGCAGCACUGAUGCCAAGGGAGCUCCAUUCUGGAAUCACCUGCUUCCUGCAGCCAAGAGCUCUUCAGAUUGCACUGCGGUCGGGAGGAGGCUGAAGAGUGGGCUGCGCCUCAAAUCGCGACAUCUCCGGACCAGUCUCCGGAGGGGCACCAGGUCUCCCACAGCACCCUGGGCCACCGCCACUGUCAGCCAUGCUCUGCUGGGCAACUUUGAGGAGUCCAUCCUGAAGGGGCGCUUUGCACCAUCGGGGAGGAUCGAGGGUUUCACGGCAGAGAUCGGUGCCAGUGGCUCCUACUGUCCCCAGCAUGUCACCUUGCCUGUCGACGUCACCUACUUCGACAUCUCUGAACACAGCGUGCCCUCGCCUUUCCUGGGAGUUAUUGACUUGGAGGCCUUGGGAAAGAAGGGUUACAGUGUCCCCAAAGCUGGAACCAUCCAAGUGACCUUAUUUAACCCCAACAAGACUGUGGUGAAGAUGUUCUUGGUGACAUACGACUUCCAGGACAUGCCGGCCAAUCACAUGACCUUCCUACGCCAUCGCAUCUUCCUGGUGCCCGUGGGGGAGGAGGAGGGCUCCAGUGACCCACUGGGCACCAGCCCACCCCGCAGGGUCCUCUGCUACCUGAUGCAUCUGAGGUUUCACAGCUCCAAGUCGGGGAAGAUCUACCUUCAUGACGACAUUCGGCUGCUUUUCUCGCGCAAGUCGAUAGAGGUGGAUUCGGGGAUCCCCUACGAACUGAAAUCCUUCACAGAGAUGCCGCGGAACCCCUGCUACUCACCCCGGGCCUGACCUUCUUCACCCCCCACCCCCCAGGGCCACUGGGGAGCCUGCAGCCCAGCACUCUGGGGAGAAAUGAGUAAAGGGCCAGCAGGCACUGCUUAGCGAUAUCACCCACCUUCCUGACUAGCACAGACACCACGCUCUGCAGCAGGGCUGGGAUCCCUGGGGGCUUCACCAAUUGGGGCAGGGGCUGAGCAGCAGCCCUGGCACUCCAGGGAUGUGCCCAGGCCUUCUGCUGGCACUACUCCCAGCUUGAAACUUGGCUGUGGGUGAGGUGGGUGGGUGUGGAGUGAAGACUUGGACUGGAGCUGUGAGUAAGACCACCCACACUGGACCUGGGUCUGGGAGCAGAAAGUGUGGAAGAGUUUGUAUUUAUUAGUAUUUAUUGUUGCUGGGAGCACAGAGGAGGCUCAUGCAGAGGAUCAGAGGUGCUGUGCUUGUCCUUCCCCCCA